AUGUAUGCUUUGUAUUUCCUCGAAGCCGCGCAGUACGUCUCCUGGGCAGCAUUCUCGUCGCUCCGAGUGUAUGCGCUGUGGAAACGCUGGGCGUGGGCGGCACUUGUGCUCCUGCUCUCAGUAGUCCCGCCCGUCUCGAGUGGGGUACGGCUCCCGUUCGCAGACGUCUUCGCGGGUGCUCUACCGUAUGCAGACUGCCCGACUCAGGUCAACAUGUCGGACCAGCUGUUUUUAAGUCAUCAGCAUAGUGUGUCGCGCAUGGCGCUCAUUGUGGCCGACGUUAUCGUGCUCGGCGUCACCUGGGCGGCCACGCGCGAAACCUACCGCAGCCAGGACCUACUUCGAAGAUUCGGCCGGACUACAACACUCUCGAGCGUCCUCUAUACGAACGGUGCGGCGUUCGACUCUCGUCUUCGCGUGUUCCAGCAACCGAUUCUGACCGUCGAAUGCGACCCCGGGGGCAGGCGCAAUCUACUUCGUGUGAGUACUCAGGCCGCACGUACAGUGGCGUCUGCGCCUCGAUCUGGGACACACCUGAAUGAGCCGCACUCGCCCAGCGUACUCACGACCCUGAACGCGCUGUAUCUCGCCGUCAUACUCCUCGAGGAGUCGCUCGGAUCCGGGGCAGGCGGGCGCAUGAACCUCCUCGCCGUGUUCGUGAAGACGACGUACGAUAGCUUCACGACGAUCCUCGUCACGCGCUUUCUAGCGCACCUCCGGAAAGCUGCGCGGCCCGCGAUGGGCAGCGCGAUUUCGUUUGGGAGCGGGGUUUGGACGGAUAUGAGUGGUGCGGUUGGGGACUCGGGGACGGCGACGUUGCAGUGGGCGCGGGUGAGCGAGGAGGUGGAUCGUUGA